CACAGGUAUCAGGUGAAGUUCGGAGCCGCUUUCCUCCUGCAGUCACUACAGCAGAACAGGCUCACGAGUGCUGCCUGCGGACUGGCCAUUGUUGGGACUUGGAGCUGCUGUAUUGCAGCCGUGUCUGCUGCUGUUUGGUGCUGGGAAUGUUUCAGGUUAGGAGUGGGGAUUAACAUUUUGAUUUGGGGAAAAUGGUUCUGAAGUGUGUCUGUCUUUCAACGUCAUUUCAUCAAAAUGAGUAGGCAAAAGCAGAGAGCUGGCCUCUGCCAUUCCCCUUCCACAAACUUGUCCUGGUCACAAAGGGAAAGAGCUGGAGGUCACAGCUGAGUCACCAGAGGAUAUUUUGGCCAUGAACUCUCACCAAGUUUUUGAGGGUUGAGAAAUCCCCAGGGCUGACACAUGUCAGUAGUCAGAGCUGGGGAUCUGAUUCAAAUAGCAGAGGGAGCAAAGGCUCAGGAUCAUGUGAGUCUGGUGGCUUUAGCCAUGAGUGUCUGGGGUCAGGCAAAGGCUCUUGGCCAACUGGGCAAGGCCAGGGCAGGGUCUGCUCGUUCCACCAGCCACAGAUAUCUGCUCUCUGGAGCUGAGGGCCAGGGCACCGGGCCUGCGCAGCUGGGAGCAGCAGAGCUCUGCUGGCAGCUGCCCCUCUGCCCCACAGCUCUCCUGGCUGUGUCCAGACAAGCAGAGCCCCUUCCAGUGACUGCCCAGAGCUGCAAGGGCAGCUGUGGUCUCAUCUGUGAGAUGCCACUGGAAAGGCCUUCCUCAGGACCCUGCCUGCUCCAUUCCUACUCUGGAGCACAAGGCAGGGGGGUUUGCAGCCUGGGGGGAGCUGUGGCAGCUGUACCUGCGUUACAGAGCAGGAGGAAGCCAUGGAGCUUAGCAGCGAAUGUGGGGUGGGGUGGCAGUGAGUCCUGGUCCAUGUUGUGCCCUGGCCUCAUGGGGUAGCUGUACUUGGACAAUGAUGUGUCAGUCUGGGAGAAAACCUGCUUCACUUGGGUGAGUUCCUUCUGUUCACUGAGCACCUCUCACACCUCAUGCUGGUGGAACAGGGUGAGCAUGGGGCUGGGCUGUGUGGUUAACGGCUUUUGUUAGACCAGCUGACAGACAAUGAGGAAAAAAUAGGCGAGCUGUUGGGUGCUGCAGCCUGUGCUCAGUGCGCUGCAGCACAGCAGGUGUCCGGCUUGCUGCAGCCUGUCCUGGUGUGAUGGCGGUGCUUCAGGAUCUGCCCAUGCCAGGGACACAGUGCUGGGGUGGACUAAUGAAACAGCUGUGCCUCAUCUCCGUUUUCCCUCAAACCCAGAGCGUGCACUGGGCAAGACACGUCAGGAACCCCUUGCCAGCAUCUUUGCCUUGGGGACACCUUGGGUGUGGGGCUGGGUGCUACAAGGGGUAUGAAAGGGCUAUCGCUGGAUGGUGAUGGGGUGGCAGUGGGGGCAUGAGCUUGUCUGCGGAGGGCAGGAGGUACCUGCUGGGUAUGUGGCGCUGCAGAAUCACUGCCAGCCACCCUGCUGCCAAGGGCUGGGGGGUGCAGAGAUGUGCUGGGGGGAGACCAGCCUCUGACUGUGGCUGGCUGCGUAAUUGCGUGACCCUGGCCCUGCAACGGGUGCUAGAGACAGGAGAGGCUUCACGCCCUGUCGGUCUGGCAGCACUUUGCAGUAACGCUCUGCUGUCUUUCUGCACGAGGCACUGGCUGUGCUGCAGCCCUGGCUCGCUGCACGGGCUCCCCUGGGAGACGUCUCCUGGCAGGUGACUUUGUUUGCCUGGGGCUGCUGGUUCUGAGGUGGCCCUGGUAAAGUGGCAGCUCUCCCAGCCUGUGCCAUGGGGCAGCUGGUCUUGUCAUGGCCAUGGAGCUGCUUGGAGAAGGGAGCAGCAGCUUUCCUUCUGCAAUGAGACAGCUGCUGGGGGACUCUGGCACAUUCUGUCAUUGUCCCUGGUGCCACCACAUCUUCAGCAAGGUGCAGUUCAGGCUCCUGGUCCCCUGUGCAUCUGCUGGUGGAGGGACUGAGGCAGAGGAAGGACGUGGUCAGCGAUGCCCUCACACCGUACCCCAUGCCCAGGGCAGAGCACGGUGAGCCCCUGCCUGAAGCCCAGCUGCAGCAAUGCAAGCAACGUGGGAGCUGGUGUCCCCAAGCCCCCUGUGUCAUUUACAUACGCCUCGCUGGAGCCAGCGGCACAGCAACCAGGGCUCGUGCAGCACCGCAGACCCUCUCCAAAACAGCCUCCCUUCCUUUGUCCUACCAUGGCCCUGGGCUUCAUGGUCCUGCUCCUGGCAGGGGCGGUGGGGACAGCUUCCAGGGCUCAGCCUGUGCUGACCCAGCCACCUGCCGUGUCGGUGCUGCCCGGGCAGACCGCCCGGCUGUCCUGCACCCUGAGCCCCCAGUACAACAUCAGCCAUUUUGGCAUCUCCUGGUGGUACCAGCAGCACCCGGGGCAAUCCCUGCGCUAUCUGCUUUACUACAACUCCGAGCAAGACAAGCACAAACCCGCCAACAUUCCCGACCGCUUCUCUGCGACCAAAGACCUCGCCCGCAAUGCCUGCAUCCUCAUCAUCGCGUCCGCCCGCAAUGAAGACAAUGGCAGCUACUACUGCUCCCUGUCACAGGUCUUCAAGUGGUUUUAAAAACACGAAAGAAAAACUCUUGGCUUUUCCCUUGCAACCCUGAUGCCAAGCCCUCAGCAGGGAGAACAGCAACCCUAGGAGGGGUGGAAAAAGAUCCUCUCACAUGCUUGAGCAAGCCCAGCAGUGCUGUGUUGUCCUUUGAGGUGCAACAACCUCCUCUUCCACCCCAAACCUCCAACAUCGAACACUGGGCAGCCUCACACGGUGUGAGAGCUGCCAGGGCUCAGCCCAGGAUCUUCCGCUGUGGUGGGAGGAUGACAAGCUCUGCUGUGGCCGGGUGUCCCGGGCUCUUCUGGCACUGGGCACAAUGUGGGCUUGGGCUUGUUCACAGCUUUGGCUUCUGCACCGCUGGGCUCACUUGACAAUAAAGGUUAGUGCUCAGCCCCACAGCUUGUGUCACUUGUAUCACACGUGUGGUGUUCUGAGGAGCCAUAUACAAAGGGUGAGUGUCACGAGGAUGGAGCCAGGCUCUUCUCGGUGACAAACAAUGGUAGGACAAGGGGUAAUGGGUUUAAGCUGGAACAUAAGCGGUUCCACUUAAACUUGAGAAGAAACUUCUCAGUGAGGGUGGCAGAGCCUGGCCCAGGCUGCCCAGGGAGGUUGUGGAGUCUCCUUCUCUGCAGACAUUCCAACCCGCCUGGACACCUUCCUGUGUAACCUCAUCUGGGUGUUCCUGCUCCAUGGGGGGAUUGCGCUGGAGGAGCUUUCCAGGUCCCUUCCAAUCCCUGACAUCCUGUGAUUCUGUGAUUCUAAGGUGUCGUGCCUGAGGUGCCAGGUCAGCAGGGUGACCCAACGGUGCUGUGGCAGUGGGUUUGGGGGAAUCUCUCGGGGCUGGAUGGGGCUGUGUCACCCACGCCUGGCAGAGACCCGCGGUGCCCUGCCAGGGGAGGUCUGUUCCCCGUCAUCAGCUCCUGUCUCCUUCCUGUCGCCCUCAGCGGCUCCUCACGGCCCCGACGCUCCCGCCACUGCCAUCUCCCCACAACCCCCCGCGACCCCCAGAACUUCUGAGAGGAAAAAGACACAUUUAAACAUACCGGCAUCGGAACACCAUCCCUUCAUUUGUCCUGAUGGAUAUCGAGGCUUCCACAGUUGUGACUUAUGUAUACCAGCUAAUCGAGGAUGAUGUGAAAGUAGAAAGAACUGAGUUCAAGAAGUACUGAAUCAUGGGCACACCUGCUUGCUAGCUUCUCACCGCCCUUCAUUCCUUCUCUUGCAGUGAAGUCGAAGCGGGGGCAGGCCGCGGGGGGGUGCUGCUGCUGCAGCCUUGGACUGAACCAGCCACAGCACUUUAUUGAUAGCGAGCUUAUAAAACAAAACCAAACAAACCACCACAUUAGCCUUGGUUCACAGCCAGAACUUGAAACAGAAGAAACUGCUGAUUAAGAGAAGGAGGCCCAUGGAAAAUAUCCUGUCUUUAAGGAGGAGCUGCUGUGUUCCUGGCCUAAGGGAGUCACAGUGUGUGGUGGUGGUAGCUUAGAGUUGAACUUACGUAAAAUGAACAUAAAAUAAUAAAUCCAUGUCUUCAUG